UUUGUCAAAAACUCGUAUAUAGGUAACAAAGGACCUAUGGUAAUAAAAUCUAAACUGUCGAGAAGGUCAAAAGCUAUCCUUCACGAUUACACGAACCGUAGCUGCAAAUUUGAUGAUUCAGUGUUUUUGCGUUGGCGAAAAAAUAAGACCUACGUGAAGAUAUACACAAUUAAUAAUUGCUGAAUUGGUACUUUUUUAAUUCAAUUACUACGCCUCCGCGGUUGAACAAGUUGCUUUUCUCAUUGGUAAUAUAUGUCAGUUCUGAUAAACAUGAAUUUAUACACGAAAUUUAUAAACUUUAAGCCCUAAAAACAGGCGGGUUAAAUGCAGGUCUAGCCGUAUACCUGUCUACCUGCGUAGCUCUCAAGGAUUCAUCUUAAAUGUGAAAAGUGAACAGCAGGGAAGGAUAGUUCGUACCUAAACGCACAUAUUACAAACAUUCACAUAUAAAAACAUCACGAAAACGAUCUUAUAUCGAUUUACAUAUACUGACUUGCAUAAAGUUUAUUAACCACUACAAAUUUACGUUUUAUAAUAGAGGCAAGUCUUCUUCAAAACAGAGAAAUACAAAAGCAAAGCUAUUAGGAGCAAGAGAAGAAAGCUAAAUUACUACGACGAUAAAUGAAACUGUUAUUUCUGGUUGUGGACAACGUAUUGACAGUGGUCUCCGAAGCUAAUUGUUGGCAGCUUCAUUAGGGUAGCACUCCGGUAACACUUGUUUCGGCGUUAGUAAAUGACCUAAGAGGAGCGCAGCAACAGCCAGCGUCAAAAUAUUCAUUGAGCCUAGGAACCUAAUUCCCAAUUCCGACGUGUUUGCUUGCCUCUGGCCGCCGCCAAGCUGUUCUUGUUGUUUACGCUGAGCCCAGAGUUCCACUCUAGACCAUCCCCGAAUAAAAGGACCCGCAUCGGCUUUUCUCAGAGUAGCUGUAGACCCUCGCGACUUCCUAGCAUGGGUUAUCUUGCUACAUUGAAGUAGAGUAGUUCUUAUACGGAGUUCUUCUCAAGCAGCAUCAUUCACUAUACUUUCAGCCCGACAGACACAAAAAAAUAACUCACGAUUACUUUGCCAUAUAGUAGAAAGGAGUCUACCUCAUCCAUUAAAGGCCCCGUAGACAACAAUUUAGACACACAAAUACGAAUCGAACUGGCUGCUGCUGGUAGAAUAAUGUCGCAGUCUGUCGUCUGUUCUUCGUUGCCGGUUAGCUGUCAUUGUCGGAUUUGUGUCAGCGGUCCGUUCGUGUAUUAAAAGCUAGCAAAGCACCAAGCAUACAUUUUGACUUGGUGCAAUAUUAAAGUGCAAAUGUUUGUUUUGAUUAAAGGCAAAAAAAAACAGCUAUGCAACUGCUUUUCUCUGCUCUCAGCGAGUACGGCUAGACCCAGGAAGUUGGAGCUCUUUCAUUCUGAAGAGACAUCUAGUUUCUAUUCACAUGCGCUAUUUAGCGUUCUGUUGAGCGUUACGAUAGAAAAACUGAAUAUAGUAUUUUCUAUUUGAGAUCUCGCUUGGUUCGUUAAUUCUUUUCGUUCAGGUUAUAAACUAUCGCUGUUUCAGUUCAUACAGCGGUUCUUUCAGCAAUUCGUUGAACGGCCUAAUAAAGCAUUUCUCGGGCCGCUGCCGUACAUCGAUACUGAAAGUGGCAUUCGGUGCUCCCUUUUCUCAUGUUUUCGUUCGUCGUUGCAAUAUCAUGGCCUCCUUUUUUGCACGCAGCUACAGUAUUGACCGACCCACUUUCCUAUACGUCACACGAUGGUUUAGGUCACUAUUUAACGGAGAAUCGAAGUCAACAGAAAUGCCAACGUUAAUUCCACCUGUUCUAGGCUCGUUUUCUAUGUAAGCCAUGUCCACUGACGGCAAGUCUAGGCACCAGCUUUGUUGCAAAUCGAAUUGCGACAUGCAACGCCACUUAUGUUUGAUGCUGAUUCUCCACAUCGGUUAUAUGCGUUGAACAGGUUAAAACGGAGGUGGAACGGCUUAUUUUAACGAAAACGAAAUGCUUGGCCGAGCAAGAACCCCGGCGACCAGUAGUUACAGUCGCCUCAUAGAUACAUUGGUAGUCCCUCGAAUAAAGAAUUUGGUUACCCUGGCCUUCAGUCUCAGGACUUUUGACCUUUCACGUAAACCAAGACAAGAAAAUUACCGCCAUCCUUGGUGCCGUCAAACCUCCUGUGAAUGGGGCCAUACACUCAUUAUGGAAGAUCGAAGAUAAGGUGAGCUGCAAGCAUGCAGGACAUUAACAGGACUAAUCCCCAACUGCUCUUGGCGGUUCCUUAGGGUCCUGUUCAUGGAUGACAUAGGGUGCAUUUCAACAUGAAUGCUAAGGAAAAGCUAAGAUCGAAACCGAUCUAGGCUGAGCCUAUGACUACUGUGAUAAUCUCAGCUUCUUUUUUUCUGUCCAAACAGGUAGACCUCUGUAGCAUCGAUCGUACGGCGGUAAUUCAACGUAAUUCUAUUAUUCGGAGGAACGAACUAUGAAUAAUUUUGCAUUUGAAAGACGAAAGUAGGAACGACAUGACUCCUCGACAUUGGCAAAGCUUUUGAUUGACACCAUGUGUAAAGAUAACACUGCUCUCAAUCUAACAUAGGACAGAUAUAUAUUCUUUUGACGUACAUAGCCAGAAUGCUCAUAGUUGAAUUACUGAAUCAUUGUCUAGACUGAGGUUGAACAUCUGCUAUUAAUGACUGAGACGUGGAAGUUUGCUUUAUACGCACCUCCGUAAACGAGCCUUUUUAUAACAAUACGAACUAGCAGUUGCUGUUCAUCCAAUUACUGUUAAAAUGUCAAUGAUAAUUAAACUUUCUUCAUUUAAGCAUAAAUGGUGGUUAUCGUUAAAAAGAAGAUGUUAUUUAUUUUUUGUAAAUUGAAUUGUUCUAGUAUGAUAUAUGACACGUUGGUUCGACUUUGUCUCGGGGCGAAGAAUUACUGCAGAGAUUAUCACCAUAACCCUUGUAAAUCUUACUUUAUUGCUUAAAAAAACGGAGUAGAUAAGAAUUAUUAUUCUUUUCUCCUUACCUUAAGAAUGCAGUACUGUCAAAUGUACUGCUUUGCAUCUGCAAUUUGUUUCAUCAUUAAGUGCAGCCUUUAGGCCUACGUCUUCAGUUCAGUUUUGCGUUGCAAAUACGUCUCUUGUCACUUACAUGAAUUUUGCAGAUUUCAGGUUGUUUAUUCUGAGAAAGGUGUUCUUGUUUCAAUUUAAGUUUCUUUGCAAACUAGUAAAUAGUGCACCAGGCGGCACUCAAAAACAGUCUCUUCUCAGAAAGCCUUUCUAGUCAUCAGAAGGAACAGUAUCACCUCUUUAGAUUUCAGGUGAUAAGAAUGUUCAUGUAAAGGGAAAUAUGUUCCAGCCAAAAACUAGGGCAGAACCAUCCAAAAUGGCAGAGUAACAGCGUCGCGCGCGUCGACUAGAAGCUUCAUACUCGCAAGUAUUCGAAACAAAGCUGAACUCUGAGCGGCACUGCUUUGAUCACAGGCGAACCUAGAUUUGUGCACUUCAUUACACAAGUGUACAUGUAUAUGUAGCUGUGCAGUGAAAUGAUUCUUACCAAUUACAUGUGUGAAUAUGUCACGUGUUAUCAUGUAAAUGAACUAACUGACCUUGUCGCCCAUACAGAUGGUUUUCUAAAUUACCUUAUAUAGACUUCUCAUUUGAGACGAUGAGUAUAAUGAUGUCAAAUUGAUAUGAGAAGCGAAACAUUAAAUAUACAUGUAUUAAAAGGUCCUUUUUUGCGAGGAGCACAACUAGUCGAUAUAUUCAUUCGGUGCUCACGUUUAUUGCUUUAUAGUUUAUUUUUUGUUCUUCUUUAGCGCAAUUUUUAGCCACUAACUUCACUACACCUUUUGGUAGGUCUACCUACUAUGUAUGUACACCGGUACGACGAGAUGUGCGGAUCUGAGUUCGUUGGGCAUCACGACUAGCGCCGCCGGGAAUUCAAUACAACUUUAGAAAGUUGCGGAUAGGUACUUUUUUGUCUACUCUACCUUGUCCAGACAUUGCUUUAUCAGCCUAGAAAGUCCUGUCAUUACUGCUGCUAUUGGUUGCAAAGUUAUUUUUCUUCUUGGGCAGUGUCAUUACCUGUUGCCUCAAGAGGCGAUGCCGCCCCUGCUGACGACAGUGAAGGCUUUUUGCGCCGACGCUACUUUUAACCUCCAUUUAUUAGCGCCAACACGCUCUCGCUUCUUUCAUUUAUAAGUUCGCGGGAAAAUAUGAACCAUAAAAGCAUCGACAACUAGCCUGAAUUACACAAAAGCACAUGAAUAUUGGUCAAGAGAUAUCGAAUACAAAAACCAAAUUGGAGUUGAGAAACUUCAAAGUUGUACUUAAACUGUGAUUAAAAAAUUGCAGUUGCUCAGUAGCGCCUUUGAGCAUUACGCAUAUACAUUGCUGUUAAAAGAAUAGAAGAACAGGAUAAUGAUAUUAUUCUACUCAGGUAACAUUUUUAUAGGAUUUGUAUAUAUCUUGAAAAGAUGAAUGACCAAAUAACGAUGACGAAUUUUUGUUGACAAUAACACAACAUCCGAUUAUACUACUCAACACUGUAGUUAAAUAGUAUAAAAUUAUCAAUAAUUGAAACUAAUUGGACCAGUAACAAUAACGUUCCUGCAUAAAACUUUCUUCAAGCUGUCCUGUAAUAAAGUUCUAUCCUUAGCCAUUCCAGUAAAAUUCUUAAGGCGAACUCAGAAAAUCAUAUAGUAAGAUAACUAUGGUUAUAUUUAUUAAUAUACAUCAAUGGCCCGAAUGCUACUGUAAGUUACAUGAAAGGAAGUAUCAUAUCGACCAAUUGUCUGUAACUCUACAAAUGCAUGAUUUUUAUUUUCUCUUUUUCUUUAUACACAAAUAUACACGACACACAUACACACACACACACACAUUAUAUAUAUAUAUAUGUCCAAACAAAAAUGUCCAAACGCAAGAAUGUGCGCGAUUCAGCAGUUUGACAUUGUUUAUUUCCCCUGGUCUCAUAUAAGAGUUCUCAGUAUGAAAUCUCACACUAAUUUUGAACGUCGCCCUAAAAGGUGCUAUCAUACGCAAAAUGUGGUGGAGAGAGAAAAUUGUAUAGUUGUGACAUAUCGCCCUUUGAUGCUUUCAUAGCAGCAGGGCCUUCCUUCCGAACGACGUAUAAUCUUUUAAUUCAUUUCUCAUCUAGUAGUAAUGUUCCAUAUCCGGCGUCAUCCCGGAUGUCAGCCAGCGUUAUCGUUAAACAAUCUCUGCGACAAAAGAUAGACUCGACCAUAGCGACAUAUAUUUGAAAGACAACACGUCAAGGAAUAUAUGGUUUGUCUUUUCCUACACGCACAUCCAUAUGGCCCCGACAUGCUCUGGAAUAAGUUUCGUUUUAUUUCACAAACCGAGAACUGUGCUUCUUUCAUUGACGCGUUGUCUUGCAGAUCAGACAGAACAGGGUGCAGCUUUCCCGCAUGGCAGUCGCACAUCUUCUACAGACUCAAUAGGGCCAGGGUCUGUAGGAGAUGCUUAAUGUCCGAGUGCCGCGUUCGUGGCAGUAGUUUCACUGUUGUUCAUAUUGCAUCAUUACUAGAACUGCGAGCCAUCUCCUCGUAGGAAAAAACGAGUCACUUCCACUAUUCAAUGAGAUCUUGUUAAAAUCCUGUCUUGUGUCUACUGUUUGCUUAGUGAGUAUGUGUAGCAGCAUAAAGCAGUGAGUUAUUACGAUAAUAGCAUGAGAUGAUUUAAUAGAACAUAGGACUGGAAAACUGGUUUAGAAAAGAUUAAUUGGAAAUAUAAGUCUUGGUAUUCCUAUUUUUACAUCUCAACGGAGAGAGUAUGAUUUAUGCUUCUUUCGACUAUUUCGCCACUUUAACAUUUAAAUUAGCUUAAAUACAAGCAGGGUUCACUGCUUAAUGCCAUAUUACCUGAUCGCUCUACGGCUUCUCGGGACUGCAAAUGCGAUACUUACAACGCGAAAAAUAGUAGCACAAACUGGCUGCUCGAGCUAAACUAAACCCGUGCCACUACACCACUUCGUGCUUAAACAUCGUCGUACAUUAUAACGUAAUAUAUUACUUUAACCUAAUAAAAUACUACGUUAUAUGUAGAGAGAGAGGGAGAGAGGUAGCGAGAGAACAGCACUUAGAAUACAAAUGACAACAAAUUAUUGAGUUAUCUUUGGAGGGUAUGGUCUAUUCCGAGUAACUUCUACUUCAGUUAGUGAUCAAAUGAGAUGAGGACUUAUACACUCAAGAGAAAAUAGAAGAGGCGCUGAUUAUAUAACAAAUAACUAUGCUGACAUCCAAUAAUGAACCCUCAUCGUCGAGAAGGCGAUACCGCGGUAUGCAGUCCAAGCAGCAAAAGCCAUUCUUUCGCACCUGUUCUGAGAAUCAUUGCAUCUAUUUUUGAUGCCUCGACAGAUACAUAGGUACGAAUGCAAUACUGUGUAUAAUCGAACUCCAACUGAGGCUGAAGGUAUGUUGAAAUCACCUACAUUCAUAUGAAAACAUCACAAUGAUGAUGUUCAAGUGGCGAUAGGCUUAUGGAAAAUGAUGCAUGGAUCAUCGAUUAAAUCCGGCUAAGUGCUGUCAUGCUGGCAAAGAAUGUUAAGCUGUAUAAAAGAUCCCAAUUUCUAAAAAAUGCAUCCUGCUAUAUGAAGGUAGGAUUCUUGAUAUACACUCAGGGAUGUUGGCUACAUCAGUCCAAUACUAAGCUAAGUUCACCAUAUUGCAAUAAAAAUAAGAUACAAAUUCGGUACUUUGUGACCCAGGAAAGCGGAUCCCUUUAAAUAAAGCUGAUAUCGAUUACGCUUUUUAUCAUUAAUAUGUAGUAGAAAAUAUAAUAAAAUUGUAUUUAGUCACCUACACUUGCAUGUAACAAAAAAUAUGUAACGAUAGAGAGCUUGAUACGCUAAUAUUAUUCCGCCCUGGCGCAAAGAAGUGCCCAGUCAAAACGCCUCAGUGUGCCGAGAGCACGUCUCUAGAAAAUAAAUAUAACAUCUUGUCAUCUCCCAAAUACGACAUAUAAUGCACCGGUUCACGUUAAAACUAGAAAUUCAAUAUGCUGAAAUUUCAUAGGUAAAGGUUUGAUGCAAAAGUAACACGUCUGAUAUGGUCAGGUUGUACCAAAGGACGCGUCUCUAAAUUGAAAUUUCCCACACAGCCUAAAGCGUUGUUGUACUGGCAAAUUUGUGCAUACACGUAUAGCAGAUCUGAUGAGUAGAAGCUCGCAAAGCAUAACCUCUAGGUAUACCCACUAAAGAGAACAAAUUGCUUAACGUAAAAUAACGACACCGAAAUCGUCCGAAGACCGACCAUUACUGCUACACUAUUGUGCUGUUAGGUAACUGAAACUGUCGAUGCAUGAAUUAUAUCUCAAAUAAAUGGCGGUCGGAACUGAUUUGAUAUUGAACGACAAUCUAGAAAGAAAAACAAAGAUGUAGGAUAUACAAAAAAGACGCUUUCGUUAAUCCAUCAAAAUAGGAAUAAUAAUGAAACUACGAAUGGUGUGUGGCAUAUGUUGACAUGUUCUGGAGGGCUCUUGGUCGCUAAAGAGAGUUUGCCAAAUUGGUUGAUCUGAAUCUAUAUCUGCUUAUGUCUUUAUGAGCUUACCUGCUUAACGAUAACUGGAAAGGAUUGUAAAUAUCUACUAUCACAUUUCACUACGGCUCAUACGUAGUGAAGCACAGUAAAUAGAAUGCUGAAAGCUUUAUGGUGAAAAGGGGAAUGAUGCGACCUUUAUAUGAAUCGGCGCGUAUAUCUUUGCGGGAAUAGGUUGCAUAAACAUGCAAUGCCCAAUUCAAAACGGAUGGGAUAAAAAACAUCAAUUACUUAGCUAUACAACGCCCUUUUACUACAUGUUUGUUAAUUACUGGGAUUCAUUAGAUACGUGUUGUUACAAUUCGUCAUUGAAUGAACGAUGCUCAAACUGGAUUUCGCCAGCUGAAAAACGAACCAUGGAAGAGUUCGACAUCGACGCGUCUAAUGUACCUGCUUAUCUUUACGGUGAUCUCUUUUGUGUGCUGUGUCAUGCUAUCUAACAGCGUGGUGCGGUGGGCGGACCAAAAAUUCGAUAUGUGCCGUCCAUUAAGCUGCGGUUCAGAUGCGGGUUACCUUCUUGUAUAUCGCACCUUGCUUUGUGUAGCGCUAUUCCACCUCGCCAUGGCGGUGCUUACCAUUGGUGUCCAGAACUCCCGGGACAUCGUAUCCGGCGCACAGCAGGGCUUCUGGGCGUUUAAGGUAAUAAUUCUGGUAGGAAUGGUGAUGCUGUCUAUCCGAGUGAGACUGCCCCCAGGUGUGUUCAUCGGCAUUGUCAAGUACGCCGGUCUCUGGGGAGGCUUCGGAUUCAUGGUCUUUGCUUAUCUAGUCAUGCUUGAGAGCGCCUAUAAAUACGAAGACUGCUUGGCGCGCAAUGGACAAUUGGUUAAGGUGAUUGUAAUGGGGGUCUUGGCGAUGCUGUGCUCAGGCGCUAUUAUGUGGACACGUUUCGAACGCGAUGCGGACGGUACUGAUUCGAAAAGUGGAUCUGGUGGCGGUAACACGGAUCAGGGGUCAAAGUGCGUGGCCAAACACUCGAUGAUGCGGCUCAAUACGGCGCUCUACCUUAUCGUAUUGGCCAUGACGUUGGUCGCCGGCUUUCCCGAUGCACAUAGUCGGCCAUGUCGUAACUUGCUGCCAGGCGCGGUCACACUAAACUUUCUUGCCUUCCUCACACAUCUCAUCUCGCGCAGCAACGUAUGCGGCGAGUUUGGUGACAAGAAUACGUGGGACGGGCUUACGCUCAUUCUAGGCUUGUAUCUAUGCUUCAGCACAUUGCUCUACCUGCUUGUGAGACGCAACGACAAACACUCGCCCUGUUCGAUGUCGACGGGCGCCCUGGGUCGCUUCUACCGGCGGAUCUACCUCCGCGGGAGCGGCGUAACGGCUGGCGUCGGCGCACACCAGGUACACGGGGGCGGAAUCAUGACAGGAGACGUGGACCGAAUUAAGUUCAGAAACUGCGAUGACAUCUUUGACGAAGUCGAUCAGCUGCAGUAUUCGUGGUGCGUCUUCCAUCUGGUGCUCUGCGGGGCGGCGCUAUUCGUCAUGCUCACGCUAACUAAUCUUUACUACCCCAAGAGGAGCACCAAAGCAAGCUGGUACGAGCUAAUGGCAAUACCCGAGCAUUUGACUGACGCGAGAUCGUCAUCGUCGGCGGCGUCUCCGCUGCCAGCGGACCCGCAUGCCACUCCUCUGCUGUGGAUGCAUGUCAUAGCCUCGUGGGUAUGCGCAGCGCUUUAUCUCUGGUCGCUGCUGGAAACGACCACCUCGACAAAACAGCAAUCUAAGGCCGAGCAAUACUCAUAUUCGUACAAUGCUAAUGAUAACAAUAACACGAGCGACCAUUGCGCGGUAUAACGCAGAAUGUUCGUUCUGUACAUAAACCCGCGAAAGAUGUCGAGGUUGAAAUCCGGCACCAAUAUCUCUAAGAUCGACAUGAGAAAGAAAUCAAUGCCUAAAAGCCCAACUUGGCUUGCGUAAGAUUGUGUUACUCAUCCUAUGCAGCCGGAUCGUUUUGGAUGUUGGUAGAAUGAUUUUAUCAUAUCAUAGUGACGAAAACCUUGACGGUGGAUUUCAGUUCUAUACAUCUGCAAAAAAAAUCAUUCGGAGACAAAGAAGAUAACGUUCGUCGCGUCUAUUUCCAUUGGUAUGCCCGGAAAAGAGAUUGGGCGUUCGUGGGUAUUUACAAACAAAUAAAAAAAAGCUUCAGUCUAUAUUAUAAAAGCCACGGUUGCUUUCACAAAUAGAAAUUAAACCACUUUUAGCUUUCGGCAAAACGGAUGUUCAUAUGGAAAAAAAACUAUUAUAAUGCAUAUGCAGAGGCAAAUGAACACAUAUCGACCUAGAAAGAUUCUUCUAAAGAAGGCAGAAUUUGAGAGGUUGCCGCACUUAUCGUAGGAGGAGAUUUGGACUGAACGAAUAACUAAAAUGCUAUCGGGAUAUAGACGAAUGGGUGUCGAGGAACGACCACAGGUUGACCAUGUGACCUAUAGGCGGGUCUGCUUGUUGACACCCCAUUUGCGCCUGGAGGAGACACGUUGCCGGCGGCUCCGUAUAUACUAGAUAAACAAAAGUAUAUGCGUAAUACUUGACAUGCAAGAACCGCCAACGACCGAUUGUAUUUAUCUCAAUGUAUUUCUGCGUAUUCAUUUCUCUGGAGACACUUGAAAGCAUUAGGUGAAUUGUAGAGGCACCGAAGUAGCGAAAUGGAGUACGCGAUUACUGAAUGGACUGAAACGAACUUCAAUCAAGAUACGCAGAUCAAAUACGUGGCUAAAUGAAGGAGCAACCGUCGUUAGUGGGACUGAAAAACCCAAAAACAACUGUUCCUGUGGCAGACAAAAAAAAUUCAGACAGAUCAUGAUCGUAGGUAUAAAUCGUUGUUGAAGAAAUACGAACACAAUAAAAUGAGAAAAAAGUAUGAAGUCUAUCUGGUUCAAAAGAAAACUAUAGUAUUCUAUAUAUGUAGAUUAUAUGUGUGUGUUUUCAUAUAAAUCUAUUACUACUGGAGAAAAAGAAAACGAAACCGAGAAGAAAUCAAGGUACGAAACGAGAGAGAAAGAAGUAAAACAAAAAAUGGCGAUAUUUCUCAGAAAAUACGGGCUAGGCAUGAUUUUGUUUACUGCAACCGACGAAAAAGCCCUCUAGCGGCUUAUUGCGCGACCGCCACCAUCAUCGUCCACCAGUGAUAGGCGACUACAAUAGAUACUAACUUCUAUUUAUAGAAAAAAAAAGACAAAUAAACAGAAACAGAAGUAAAAAAAUUAUGUUAAUAUAUCAAAAGAAAACAAAAAUGUUCAUAAGUGACGUUAUAUCACAACAGAUUACAAUAAGGGACAGUUAAAGAUGUAUGAAUUAAAUUAGGAUGCGUUGAGCGUUCAGCAUUGACAUUGACCGAGAAACAUGGUCAAUCUUUUAUUCACGUUCAUAUAUAUAUAUAUAUAUAUAUGCUACAAACACAUACGCAACAUGAUCACACUGUCAACGCAGACGUAUUAGUAAUACAAAAUACACAUAUUGUUAUAUCUAUUGAUUACGUAACUAGCCAAAGUAGAGCAAAAACAAUCCGUGAACUGCUAAAAUAGAGGCUCACAACAAUAUACAAUAUUGCUAUUUCUUAUACACAUGUAAUGUAAUAUGGUGGUUUGAGUGUUUGAUAUCACUGCUCUACAUUAUGCAUGAUAUCAAUCGUGCAAAAAUUAUAUUAUUGAAAUGGAUUGCAGACUAUGUUAUCAUAAUCACUCACCAAGAGCAUCAAGGUCCGCUGGACACUCCGCAGGCUUCUCGUCAUUUUAACGCCAGCCUUGCUGGUAAUGCUAGUGCCGGUCCUUUUAGCGCUUUCGGUCCGACAACCUUUCAUUAUAUAUAUAUAUAUAUAUAUAUAUAUAUAUAUAUAUAUAUAUAUAUAUAUGAGUAAAAUAUGUACGAAUACGAAUCAAAAAAAACUGAGGACGAUGCGGAUGGAAGCGAUGAUAAUAAUGCCAAUGAGGUGCAGGUGAGGCGGCACUCUUCGCGCCAAUCAUUGAAGGUUUUCUCGUGUCUUAGUCAAACAAGGUACAACAAGGCCGCGCGCGCCCGGUUUCGGUAAACCAAAGCCAAAAAUAUAAACUCGGACAACAGGCUCCUUCGUAAAAGAGACAGAUAAGAAUGUCGAACGUUGAUUAUAUCUGAAUCGAUGUAGUACUAAUGGGUGACGAUAAAUACGUGGAGCCCAAAAAUACUGUGUGGACAUUACUUUAAAGCUGAGUGCAGUCGUAAAUGAUGAUACCAAAUCAAUAUUAGCAAUGUUCAGAUACUGCAAUACGUUACGUGUGAAGUCACUGGUUCUAGUUCCAGAAGUGACCACUUACAGAUGCAUCUCCUAAAACUAGGCAAAUAGAGUAAAAGCCAUGCGUAUAUAUAUAGUUGGUAAUAAUUAUGAUAACAGUUGAUGACAAUAUUAAUAAAUAUGAGAUAGUAAUAAUCUAUAUAUAUAUAUAUACGUACGCAGACCAUAGUGUUGAGAGCAAUUAAUCCAAUACAGCAAACUAUUAUAAGAAAGCAAGAUAUAAUAACGUAUGAAUCGGGCCAUUCUGGGUUGUUGGAGAACGGGGGUGUCGAUAAGAAGGAAAUUAAAUAGAAGAAAAGCUACGAACGCUGCAGGCAGGCGUGUCAUCCCUUACAUGGAGGCUGGGUUGUUGUGAGGGACCGUGAUUUUCUUCAAAGUUCUCGUCUUUUUGGAAAUGUUCGUUUGGAUACGAUGACGUUGAUCAGGGUGGCGACAGUAGAGUGCGACCGCAGCAAGUUAACUGGCCGAACGAACUGUCACUAUUAUUAUAUGUUUGCCAUCACAUGUCGCAACGAAUAGUAUAGCAACGCCUUAGGUGACAUGUCCAACAGUAACAAUGAUGUUAGUAGAACAACCAAAGCUAUAAUAAUCUUCCUAUUAAUAAUGGUGUACAAGUGACAGAAUCAGAUAAAGAGACGUCAGUCGAUUGAAAGAAAAUAACAGAACAAUGCUGCUCCAAACGUUUCCUAUUUAAGAUAUUUCGUGAAUAAUACAAAAGAGAAAUAAUCAAAUAAAAACAAUAAUAAUAGAUAUAUGAAGAAAAAUGUUACAAUCAUGUAGCAUAUCAGUUGAUGGAGUUGAUAAAGUUUAUUCUACAUAGUUACAAAAAAUCUACGAUGUAAAUUCACUGUGUUUUUUAUUGUAGUCAGUAGGCUCAUGAACAUAUGAUAUAGCGAAUUUCGUGAUUUUUUCAUUUAAACGAGAAGAGAUGUCGAUCUGCGUGAUGUUUGGACUGCAGAAUUUUCCGACAAAACUGACAGUGUUGGAUACAUAUGCGCCUUCUACAAUAUGAAUAUAGAAAUGCAUGUGCCCGUAUAAUUUUCUCGUCUUUAUCGAAUGAUUUGUGUAACCCGUAAGCGUUCUGUUCUUAUUGUAUUCUAAAAAGCAGAUACUGGACGUAAGGUAUACAACAGUACCUAGUUUGUUGGUGUGAUCCCGUCAGCUUCGAUAGCAGUCUUCUCAAAAAAUAAGGCAGACUGUUGAUUGCUUCAAAUAUUAGUACAUCAGCUUUGGAGUCGGCACAGCCGAAGCAACGAUGUCAUUGCUUUCCUAUAGGUACCGAAGAUUAAAGGUAGACUCCUAACAAUCUAACUAAUCAAUUUGUUAGCGAGCAUUUUUGUGCAGAGGUAACACGAUAUGGCUUAUGCCAUGUUCAUCUACGUUGUCGUUUCGUUAUAUCCUACAGAGAAGUUUCUGAUAAAGAUAGGCUAAACUGUUGCUGUUGCGUAUCUUUAGAUCCCAUAGACGAUGGCAUUCUACAUAGAUAUCUAAAUGCUUCAAUCCUUUUUACUUUAAUGAUAUAAUUAAUUCUCACACAACACAAUUAAACAAAAAAUUGUGAUAGGUAUAAAAUGGCGAGAAAUCAAAUAGGCUGCUUAGCGUACAAAUAUAUACAACAACAAACGUGUAGAUUUUGAUUCAGACGAAAAAUAGAUUAUCGUACCCUAACGCAGAACUGUGCUUCUUACGAUCAUUUUCAGAAAUAUUGCUUAUUAGUGAGGUUAUGGCCCAUCUUGCAACAAAAUAAAUUCAAAGCUGCGCACUUAAAAUCGUGUUUUGGAAAAUAAUAAGUUAUUGUCUGACGCA